AUGGCGGCUGGUGGAAAGGCGGGUAAAGACUCCGGAAAGACCAAGACGAAGGCGAUUUCGCGCUCUCAGCGAGCCGGAUUGCAGUUCCCAGUGGGACGUAUCCACAGACACCUCAAGUCCCGGACCACCAGUCACGGCAGGGUUGGGGCCACUGCAGCCGUGUACAGCGCGGCUAUCCUUGAAUACCUCACUGCCGAGGUUCUGGAGCUGGCUGGAAAUGCCUCCAAAGAUCUGAAAGUGAAGCGUAUCACUCCACGCCACUUGCAGCUGGCCAUCCGAGGGGACGAGGAGCUGGAUUCCCUUAUUAAGGCUACCAUCGCCGGCGGAGGUGUGAUCCCGCACAUUCACAAAUCCCUGAUCGGAAAGAAGGGCCAGCAGAAGACCGUAUAA